UGGGCAUACGGGGAAGAUAUUGUUUGUCCAAUAAAUGAAUUGAAUCUUGUCUUAAACUAUUAUAAAUAUCAAAUGAAGCAUUCAGCCGCUUAUUCUUCUGAAAAGAUGAAGCAUUAGACAACUAUCAAUAAGUGAUUGACGAGCAGGGUAUUUUUUAAAACUAUUCAACGGUUUUUAUUGGUCGACUGGCUGGGCUUCUAUCAACCUUGGGUUCCAUUCCCUUCAGAUCGCAUUCACAUUCAACAGAACCUCUCACUAGUUAUUGGAUUCGGAUUUGUUAGCAUGAAUUCAGAUUCAGUGGAGUUUUCAGUGACGAUGAUGUCCACAAUCAUUGAGCUGAAAUCCAGGCUUUGGCGAACUUUCAAUAGAAGACCAUGGACGGAGCGGGCACUGCUGUUUCUAAGUGGUGCUGCAAUGCUUGUGGCGUUCCCUGCAUCUUCCCUCCUCAGUCGCCUUUACUUUGCGAAUGGCGGCAAAAGCAAGUGGAUAAUAUCCUGGGUUGCAGUGGCUGGCUGGCCUUUAACUGCCCUCCUCUUGGUGACUUGGUACUUCUUAAAUGGGAUAUCACCCACCCGUUUAACGGCCAAACUUUGCUUUGCUUACGUAUUGCUGGGUCUUCUUAGUGCUGCUGAUAACCUCAUGUUUGCAUGGGCAUACGCUUUUCUUCCUGCAUCAACUGCUUCUCUUAUUGCAUCCUCUUCUCUUGUUUUUUCUGCAAUUUUUGGAUACGCCCUUGUGGGGAACAAACUUAAUUCUUCUGCUAUCAAUGCAAUAGUUAUCAUUACUGCCGGUACAGUUCUCAUUGGUCUCGAUUCCAGCUCUGACAGAUUGCCUGGUGUAACCAACAAGCAGUAUGCAGUGGGCUUUAUAUGGGACAUAUUGGGGUCCGCCCUGCACGGUUUGAUAUUUGCACUCUCAGAGCUAUUAUUUAUGAAGAUAUUGGGAAGGAGGUCUUUUCAUGUCGUUCUAGAGCAGCAGACCAUUGUUUCGUUGUUAGCCUUUGUAUUCACCACCAUUGGCGCCGCCGUGAACAAGGACUUUAAGACAAUGAGGUUGGAAGCUAGCAGUUUUAAGGAUGGACAACUGGCAUACUACAUGGUUCUUUUGUGGGGAGCUAUUACUUUUCAGUUGGGUGUUGCAGGAAGUACUGCUAUACUUUACCUGGCAUCCACAGUUAUGGCUGGUGUGCUCAAUGCAGUUAGGGUGCCUCUAACCAGCUUGGCUGCAGUAGCACUAUUUCAUGACCCCAUGAGUAGUUUCAAGAUCCUAGCAAUAGUGUUAACAGUCUGGGGAUUUGCCUCUUAUAUAUAUGGGUUUUCUUCUGCUAGGAAAUCACCUCAAAGUCACAACCAAGAUCUGCAAUCAGUUUAAUGUGUGUCAAGGCAUGGUUCAAUCUUAUUAUCUUCAUUUUGUCUCUGACUUUCAGUCAUAGUGUAUUACAUUUAAACCAUAACGUGCUGAAGACGGUAAAAUAAAAAUUCUGAAACAAGAUACAGCAUCGUAUUUCCAAACUACGUAAUACAGACCCUUUAAACGUUCUUUAAGAAGGUUGCUUCACCUGUCGCACCCACACCAGGUGCUGAUGCUGCUCCGCCUCACCAAAAGUAAUUGCCAGCUU